UGGAGAUGAGCGCUGACGUCGUGGUCUAGUGGAGCGUGGAUGAGGAACAGUGAUGAAGACCCUCAGCAGGAGUCCUAACAGGCCUUAGAGGAGAGGGAGGGGAACGCUGCUCGCCCCAUGAAGAUGGCAGCGCAGUCCCACACUGCCAGUGAGCUUCCUCUGGAGGAGCUGCUGGCUCUGUAUGGAUACACGGUGCCAGAUCCAGAGAAGGAGACCUGUCAAAUGGCUGCCAGCCUGCCAGGCAUGACACUGGACAAGGAUCAGCUAACAGAGGAUCUCUUUACUGGGGAGGAGGAGGAAGAAUCAUCCCCGGAUGAUCUCACCCCCUCAGUCACCUCAAACACCUCAGAUGUGCUCCGCCGUCUCCAAGGUGGAAACAAAGAAAGCUCAUCGGAUGAGGAGUCUGACGAUGCCUCUAUUCCCUCCAAUGAAGAGCACAAGGAGAUCAUGGUUGGCUCCACGUACCAGGCAAAAAUCCCUCCACUCAAUCCAAAUACCUACCAGGAAAAAGUCUACACCAGUGAGGACCAGUUGCUGUGGACGCCAGGUGUCCUGCCGGUGCAGGAAGUGGAGGAGUUCUUGCUGAAUACACAGAGACCACGUCGCCAGGAGGGGGCAGCACUCACAUCCAUGCAAGCUAACACUGUCCGUGACAACGAACAGGCACUGUUCGAACUUAUAAAAUGCAAAUUCAAUGCAGAAGAGGCACUGAGACGAUUACGCUUCAACGUGAAGGCAGUCAGUGAUGAGCUGUGUGCCUGGAGCGAGGAGGAGUGCAGGAGCUUUGAGCUAGGCUAUCGAGUUUACGGGAAAAACUUCAACCUCAUUCAGGGUAACAAGGUACGAACGCGCUCCGUGGGCGAAUGUGUGGAGUAUUACUACAUGUGGAAGAAGUCCAAACGUCACGAGUAUUUCACCCAACAAACCACCAGGCUCAGCCGCAAGAAGUACAGCCUGCAGUCAGGGAGCAUGGAGGAUGGAGACCAGGAUGGGGAUGUUCCGGACCUGGAAGGAAGCAACAAUUCCUCAGGCUUGUUGUCUCACAGCUCCAUGGGUCGGAGGAAGCUCGAGUCCCCGUUACCUCCACACACCGACCUGGACAAACAAGAUGGUGAGCUGGUGAUGGGGCUGUCCGAGCUGUGUGGAGACGGAUGUCCUCAGCAGCUGUUUGGCUGUCCCUUCUCUCUGCAGCCCCUGGGCGACCUGCGGGACCCAGGCUCAGACAGCUGUUGUCCCUCAGCUCCAGUCCAGCUCCAGUCCCAGCCUUCGGCCCUGAGCUCCCAGUCGGCCUGCAGGAGCCCUCCGUGCUGCCAUGACGACCACUGCCUGCCGGGCUCCUGCUUUUACCAGCUACACAUGCUUGGUGGACCCUUUGUUCCCGAGGACCCUGACUGUUCACCUAGUGGUGCGCCCGGCGGCCCACAUGGGCUGCAGGUGGAGUUCAGCCUGCCGUCUGCCUCUCCGCCCUCGUCUGCUCUCCUCCCGUCACACUUCCAGGCGAUCGGCGGCCUGCAGCACCCGUCAGCUCUCCAGCAUCGCUCUCUCACACAGUGAGGAAGAAAUUCAAUGCCGAUGUAGGUGUUUGCCUUUCAUCAAAAUCAUGAUUGGUGUUGGUUUUACAACUGACUCAUACAAGCCCGAACAAGACGUGCAUUUACUGAACCUUAUGAAAGGGAUGGACCUGCUCCCUGUGCUGGGGGUGUUGCUCGUAUCUGAACCCUCUUUUCAAACUGAUACACUUGAACUCUUUGUCCAUUGUGUUUAUCACUACUGUCAGGUGUUGAUUGUGUGUUUAUUUAUAACAGUUUAUCACCACAGCCUGCGCCAGGACAACACUGUAGAUUGGCGGUGACAAGAGCUGCAGUGACCACACAAACCAUCUUCAUCUGAUCGUCUAAAACCGAGCAGUGACUGACGAUGUGAACAACCGUUGCUUUGUUGUGUUUUAUUUAUCAUAAUGGAGAAGUUUGACUUCUAAAGUCGACAUCCAAUAACAUUUCUUUCUUUGUGUUCUGCUUAUUGCUCAGCACUUUUGCCUCUGACUGCGUUCAGAUCUGGUAUUCGCAUCCGUCCUGAGUGAGCCAAUCACAAGCAGACAGCUCAAAGUACAUACCAGCACAAUCAAAUUCAUCGGAUCACUCAGAGCACAUUCAGAAGUGGCCACAUUGUUUUCGCUGUGUGAGCACAAGCGUCCUGGGACGCACAUGAAGACCGUCUAUUCAGCUGACGUCUCUGACCUGCUACACUUUCACAAUGUAUCAUAUUUUAACAUAUUUACUGCCACAGCAUCAACAUGGACCCCCACAUAAUGAAUUUUAUUUAAGUCUUUUUUCAAAUGGGUUAAAUCUUAAUACCAGCUCCGUUCAGUCCCACAUGAACACAACUGCUGGGGGUCUGGUCAUAAAGUAAAAUCAAUCAAUUCAAACAUUAUAUGAUAGUUAAUUUAUUACAUUACACGUGCUCACCUUGGACCAAUGGUCUCUGUCUUCGGUUUCUCCUGCUUCUCUGGACCUCCAACCUCCUCCACUCCAGCUGUCUGUCAACCUUUGGUACAAGAGUCGAUCUUCAUGUAGAAAUUUGUUUGAUUUUAAAAACCUGAACAACAUUUUCUGUGGUUCUUUUUAAAAGCUUUAUAGGCGCAACAAGGAGCACAGUGAUUUUUCGGAUAAUUUUUCUCUCUUUAGUUUGGCCUUUGUCAAAACAUUUCAUCCUUGUUCUUCCCUGAUGAUUUAUAAAGUGCAAUGCUUUCGUGUCAUUUCUGACAACUGUUUCUAUAAGAAUGAAUAUCAAGUCCAGUGAAGAGCCUGACCUCUGACCUGCAGAGGUGGUUAAUGUAUGUUAAUGUACAUAUGUUAAUGUAAAAUGUACAUGCUAAGCUACGCAAGUCAGUCAAUCCAAAUCCUGCUUCUCAUGUUCUGCAACUUUGAAGAUUUCCUUGAUCAGUCAUCCAGGACUAACUUUGAUGGUUGUACGGAGAGUUAGAGAAGUGAGUAUGUUGACAGUCAAGUAAAAAUGACAGACUGGUUGGGCUCCAAAAGAACGACCUAAUGUAGCAUUUAAGUUAUUCUGCCUCUUUGAAAACCGACAAGGAAGCAACAUCCACGUAAAGUCCAGUCCAUGAAGAUAUGGAGUAAAACGAAAAUAACAACAGCAACAUUUUUAUCGUCAGAGGUCUCUCUCCCUUCUUUCCUCUGAAAUGUUUCCUUUAGCAUCUUUAACGACCUUGACCUGAAAUGAAGAAAUAUACUGAUAAGUGUUUAUGUGCAUUUAAAACAUCUAAUAAUUGUUAUUUUUGCUAAGUGCUGCAUAAAUUCAAAUUCCGUGGCCCCAUCUGAACUGUCGAGCUGUCACGUGAAUUUUGAGAGGGACAAACAUUUACAAUCACUGCACCUUUUGUGUUAAGGAAUUAUUUAUUGAAGUAUUUGUUAAAGUCAGUUCCCCAUUUUAUAAAGUGAAUUAAAAUUGAGAGAAGCUGGUUCAAGCAAUCUGCAAACUAUGAAUUUAGAUUUAGCCAUGAUGUGAUGGUACAGAUGUGAUCAAUUCAAAGACUAAAGGUUAUUACAGUAAAUAUGAUUCCAAUAUUUUAUAUUUUGUAUCACUGAAUAAAAAUAUGAACUUGAUUUGUUUAAGUAUUUCACAAAAUCCUGUAUUGAUUUGUACGCUCAUUAGUGCAUGUGUGGUUUUCUGCAUGUCAGUAUAUUUCAGUAUCUGAAGAGGUAAAGGGAACGUAACAGGGGAAUGAAAGACACUUUUCAGGUUAUUCUUCCUUCGUCAUCUGUUCAUCUAUUUAUUCUUUGUCUGUAAAUGUGCGAGCUCUUUCUGUGAUCCCUGUGUAAUGCCAGGCCGGUUUCAGAUCAACGUGUGUCGUGUCUUUGACUGUUUACUUAAGAGGAGUUCAGUACAAGACCACAGAGGCAGCGAGAAAAAUAGAAUUACUGCUUUUAGUUCUUUCUUCAUUUUCACACUUAUUUCAUAGCAAUAUUGUU